AGGGGCCGUGUAGCUUUUUUGGCAUAUCCUGACCAUAGUUAUAACUUAUCUCAUCUGCUCUGUAUUACCUCACUUCGUCUUCACCACUCCAUUUCCUAACAAUUCUGGUCCCCGAUCGAACUCAAAUUACACCGACUCUGUUUGAAGAAUAAAUUUAAGGAUCUUCGUGUGAUGAUGACAGAUCCAUAUCCUAUGCAUCCAGAUCAAGUUGCAGACUAUCACCAUGACUUAUUUCAUGGAAACGAAGAUGAGUAUGACAAUAAGCCGGCGUCAGAGACUGGUCAGCCGGACGAGCAUUUUGUUAACAAGGGAGAAUAUCUGCAGAAUGACGAUAUUGUGCAGAUUGCGCAUUCUGCAUUGCAGAAUGAGCUGUUUGCGGACAAUGAUAUGGAGAAUGAGGUAGAGAACAACUUGCAUAACGAGCAAUAUGGGGCGCAGGAUGUCCCUUUUGAAAUUGAUAAUAAUACUGAUACUCAGAUGGAGGAUCAUAAUUUGCUUUGGCCGGUUCUACCUGGUGAAUCUGGCGAAGGAUUGCCUUAUGCUCCAAUUGACUGGCCGUUUCCUGGUGAUGUUUGGACGUGGAGAGUAGGAAGGAGAUAUAAUAAUACCGGCUACUUUCAAGAUAGAUUUCUGCAAAUUCCAAAACGUAUUGGAAGACAGACAUUUGCAAGCAAGAAUGCAGUUGCCAAUUAUAUUAAGUCAAACUUUGCUGGCGCAGACGUGGAUGCGUUUUUUGCAUCCUUUGCUUGGAAGAUCCCAGUGAAAAUACCAUCUCCAAAGAAAGUGGAAUCUGCACCUCCUGCACCGUCACAGGAAGAAAAAGUAGCGGGUCAAGAAGAAGAGAAAGCAAAUGAUGUUUAUUCUUCCGGUAGGAAAAGAAGAGCUGUAGUUGCAUCAUCUGCACCGCCGAAGGAGAUAGAAGAGAAUGGAGAGCCAAUAUCAUCCGCAUCUAAGCGGAGAAGACAAAGUACUUCUAAAAUUUCACCACCCCCAUCUAAACCCACCAAGCAAACAAGGCAAAAGGGAGGUAAAUCAACACCUGCAUCUAAGAAAGCUAAACAGAACGAAGCUGCACUAUCAUCCCCACCUAGUCGAAAAACUAGGCAAACGGGCAAGAGAUCAUCUCAUUCUGCCCAUAAUGAGGAAGUCAUAGAGGAACCGAUAGAGGAGCCGAUUCCAGAGGAUUUUGAUAACUAUCUCAGCUCUUUGGAAGACAUUAUCAGCCAACCUCUCACUAUAGUCAAUAUAUCAUCUCCUUCUCCAGUCAAUGAUUCUGUUGCUGCACAAAUUGAAAUGGCAGAAGCUCGAAGUAAGAUCUCUUCCCUUCUUCUUAUGGAUUUUCCUUCGUUAAUUUCACCGAAGAACAUUACCGAACUUACAACUCUAGCAUCCAAACUUCGAAAAGAUCCUAAUAUGAAUGCUGAACAACUUGUGAAACUGAAAUUGAUCGAGGAAAUCCCUUCGUUCAGUGAGGUAUUUAUAGAGAGCAGGGAAUUAAUUGACCAGGUUGAUGAAUUCUUUGCCACUCUUGAGGCUAAGAAGGCCAAGAUUGCUUCCUUGAAAAACGAGUAUAGUGAAUUGAAGGAAAAGGCAGAUCAGCUGCAAAGCCAGGUGGACGCCAACUCUAUGGGCGUUGAUGAAAUUGACAGACAAAUUGCUUUACUUAGAUCAAGGAGAGCUGAGCUUACUAGUGCAAUUGAGACUAACAAAGCGGCCAAGACUGAGGUGAGUUCUGCUCAAAAGAUGGUGGCGAGUGCAAUUCCGAAAGUUGUCCAUGAAAUUCAAAACGCCAACGCUAAGAUACCGAAUUUGGAGCUGAAAAGGACAAAUGCAGUGAAGCGUGAAGCUGAAAUUCGAGCAAAAUUCGCUCCUCUUGAAGGAUUUGCUCUUUAAGUAUGUUUAUGUUUGUAGGUAGAACUAUGUUUUUAACCUGUCACUGUUAUUCUGUUAGCUUCGACUAGAAAAAAAUGUUUUUUUCUGUUAUGAUCAUAAAACUUUGUAAGCUUAUUAUGAAACUAAUUUGUGCGGUCUUUUUCUUGUA